AUGGCAUCAAGGGAGACCCUGAUCAACAUUGGCAGUGGCGCAUCCAUCCACCAAUUUCUCUCCGCUUGCAAGUCCUUCCGAGAGAUCAUAGCCAUGGAUUGCGCUGACCAGAACCGGGAGGAGGUGCAGCGAUGGCUGAGGAAGGAGCCGGGGGCUUUUGACUGGACCCUCAUCGUGAAAUACGUCUGUGAGCUAGAGGGAGACAGUGAAAAAUGGCCAGAGAAGGAAGAGAAAAUCCGAAGGGCCCUGAAGCGGUACCUGAAAUGCGAUGUGACCCAACCCAACCCUUUGGCUCCACUAGUUCUUCCUCCUGCAGAUUGUCUGCUGUCCAGUUUGUGCUUCGAUGGGGCUUGCAGGGACAUCCCCACCUACCGAUCGGCCUUCAGGAACAUCAGUUCCCUCCUGAAACCAGGGGGGCACCUCCUGUUUUAUUCAACCCUUGAAUUGCACUAUUAUAUCGUUGGCCAACAGAGGUUCUCUAACAUUUACUUGGAAAAGGAGAUGGUAGAAGAGGCAGUGAGACAGGCUGGUUUUUAUGUGAACAUUAAGCAGUUGUUGUGGAACACCCAGACUUCUCCAACCGUUGUUAUGAUUUUGUUACACAAGUUAGGGAAAACACAUGGCACACGCCUCCUGGGAAGGAUCACACCUUUCCUAGAAGGCGCAUAG